GCCAUCCUCCGGUGUCUGCCCGCCCGCCUCAGCCGCACUCAGAGCGGACAACGACAUGAUUAACAUGCGGACUAACGCCGCCUCGCCAUAAACACGGACCAUAUAAUGAACUUUUACCGGUUGGCAGUUUUACUGGGAGCAUCGGUCUGUGUGUGUCAUGGCAUGCACGUCGCGGUGCGGGAGAAGAAGCGCUACGCCAUGCUCUUCCAGACCGUGGUCCUCCCGUGCCACUACCGAACAUCCUCCAGCAAAGCCCCGGUGGUGCAGUGGUGGUACAAGUCCUACUGUCGAGACCCCACGCGGCAGUCCUUCUCCCUGCCCGAGACCCUGGGCUACGAGGCCUCGGCGCUGGGGGCCGCGGCGCAGGCGGAGUGCUCCGACAGCAGCCGGACGGUGCGGGUCGUGGCCUCCAAGCAGGGAUCGUCCUUGACGCUGACCGAGCACUACAAAGACAGAGACGUCAACAUCAUAAACGACGCCGACCUUCGCAUCGGGGAGCUACAGUGGGGCGACAGCGGAGUGUACUUCUGCAAAGUCAUCGUCGCUGACGAUCUGGUGGGAAACGACGAGGACCACAUGGAGUUACUGGUUCUGGAGUGGGCGUUUGUGGGCUCCGUGGUCCUGGGCAGCGUCCUCUUCCUCCUGCUGUUGGGGAUCUGCUGGUGCCAGUGUUGUCCUCACUCCUGCUGCUGCUACGUCAGCUGCUGCUGCUGUCCUGAUACCUGCUGCUGCCCUCGACACCUGUACGAGGCGGGGAAGAUGGCAAAGACCCGGCAGGCUGCUCAGGUUCCCUCUCAGGUUCCCGUGUACCCUUACUACAUUCCCGGUGUGCCCACUGUGCUCCCUCUUGCUCCUUCGUCCCAGCUGGACCCAAAGAUCCCAUCAAUUGUCUCGACUGAAAACAACCUGGCUGCAGUGCGCAGUGGUUACCGUCUGACCAGCAGCCAAGACCUGAACUCAAUGAAAGUUCUGUACUACAUAGAAAAGGACCUGGCUCAGUUUCCAACCAGCAAGAUGGCUUCACUCAAAUCCAGCAGCAUGUCCGAGCUGAGCUCUCUUCACGACGGAGGGACCACUGAUUUCAGGCGCAACUAUCAGACGGUCCAGAUGAAGGCGCUGCCCUCCAUCCCAGACCGCGAGGACCAGGUGAGAGCGGCCCCGCCCGCGCAGAGUCGCAGGCCCAGACGAAACGACGGCAAUCACUCAGAUGACGAGUUGGACAGAAGGUGGAACCCCCGCUCCGAGCACCUGCAGAGGAAGACGUUAAGCAGACGAGGACGCACCGGCUCCCUGGAUGAGCUGGAGGAGUUUGCUCAAAGCUACAGCUCCCGCGCUCGUCGUCCCGAGCCUCCGGACCGGCCCUACGGGCGGGACCACAGCCCCCCGAGGCAUUUCUACCGAGAUGAAGACGAUAACUGGGGCCGCCGCAGUCCCUCGCCCCUACCGCAAAAGAGAAGGGACACGUGGGACAGCGACCGUCCUUCUCGACAACCCCUGAGCAAAAGUUACGACGACAGCUUCCUCAACAGCGUGCUGGAGAGGAAGGCGAGAGGACGGGGUGGGGACAGGGGCGCUGGGAGGGUGGACGAGGAUAGCGACACCCCCUCUAAAGGCAGCUCCAGGGGAAAAGGCAGCGACAGCUACUACAGCCGGUCGCCCAGCCACCGUCCGGACGAGGACGACCCUCUACCUCCGUACUCCGAGCUGGAGGCAGAGCGGUACCGCAGGGCUGACCUGACCGCGGACCGGUACCGCACGGCAGACCCUCCCCGGUCAGACAGAUACAGGACCACCGAGCCAGCCUCGAAGCCCUUCUCCUACACCCGUCCCCACCAGGGAACGUCCCAGACACUACAGGCGGGCAGAGAGGAGCGGGACAGGAGCCGAAACCUGAGCGCUGCGCUGAGCAGGGACUCUCUGAUAGUGUGACGAGGCGCACGAGCCUCCGCCUUCACAGAGCUGCCGGUCCGAUCAGUUUAUCCAUCCUGCAUGCAGUUACGCAGGAGAAGCUAACUGUCUCCACCAGCAGCCGCAUGGAGUACGGCUCUUCUUGAAAUAACCUCACUGGCAAACAGGAUUUAUAGGAAGGAAAACCCGGUGCAUGCAGCAUCUCCUGUCAGCGCUUGAAGGUUUCUGGGUUAUACUUGUGUAUAAAUUAUACUGUGUUACGUGUGGCUGUGUAUGCAUAUUUUAUGUAAGGUAUGACUUUUUUGUCUGGUGACUAACUUUACACAAGUGCCAAGAUUUUUUGUUGUUAUUGUUGUUGUUGCUGUUUUUAUUUUUUUUAUCUGCCAAUUUCAGAAAACACAGGUAUACCCCUCCGCAGCCUCCGUUCUUCCGAAUUUAUGCCUCAGUAUUGUAACUCAGGUUUACGCUUUACCUUUAUACUUGUAUCUUUCUUUCUUUUUUUUGUUGUGACUUUCUGAAAGUACUGCACCUUGAAUUUAUUUUGCAGGUUGUUAUUGCACUGCUUAGAUACUUUUUAAUAAAGAAAUUUCUCCUGAA